CUGCCGGGGCCGGGCUGUGGACGCUGCUGGAAGAUGGCGGUGCGGAAGAAAGAUGGAGGCCCAAAUGUGAAAUACUUCGAGUCGUCGGACACGGUGUCGCAGUUCGACAACGUGCGGGUGUGGCUGGGGAAGAAUUACAAGAAGUACAUCCAAGCAGAGCCACCAACUAACAAGUCUCUCUCUAGCCUGGUUGUUCAGCUGCUGCAGUUCCAGGAAGAGGUGUUUGGGAAACAUGUAAGCAAUGCACCACUCACCAAAUUGCCAAUGAAAUGCUUUCUAGAUUUCAAAGCAGGUGGAGCUCUGUGCCAUAUUCUUGCUGCUGCUUACAAAUUUAAGAGUGACCAAGGAUGGCGACGCUUUGAUUUUCAGAACCCCUCCCGCAUGGACCGCAAUGUUGAAAUGUUUAUGACAAUCGAAAAGACUCUGGUUCAGAACCACUGCUUGUCUCGGCCCAACAUUUAUCUAAACUCGGAAAUUGAACCCAAGUUGCUAAGCAAACUGAAAGACAUUAUUAAGAGACACCAGGGUACUGUUACUGAGGACAAGUCAAAUGCAUCACACAUUGUUUACCCGAUUCCUGGCAGUUUGGAAGAUGAAGAGUGGGUGCGGCCAAUAAUGAAGAGGGAGAAGCAGGUCCUACUACACUGGGGAUAUUGCCCCGACAGUUACGAUACAUGGAUUGCAGCCAGUGAAAUUGAGGCGGCAGUUGAGGACCCUCCACCAACUGAACGUCCACGGAAGGUCCAUGCUAAGUGGAUAAUGGAUACUGACACCUUCAAUGAAUGGAUGAAUGAGGAAGAUUAUGAGGUGAAUGAUGACCGAUCCCCUGUUGUACGAAGGAAAAGAAUUUCUGCCAAAACCUUAACGGAAGAGGUGCACAGCCCUGACUCGGAUAGAAGAGAUAAAAAGGGAAGCGCUCAUAAAAAGAGGAAACGUUCCCCCUCUCCUUCUCCGACACCUGACCCCAAGAAAAAGAACACCAAGAAAGGACGCAGUCCUGCCACACCAUAUGCCAAGUCAAAGCGAGGACAUCGAGAGGAGGACCAAGAGGAUCUGACCAAGGACAUGGAUGAACCUUCUCCUGUCCCCAACGUAGAAGAGGUCACACUACCGAAAAGUGUGAAUACAAAGAAAGAUUCUGAAUCGGCUCCAGUGAAAGGUGGAACGAUGACUGAUCUAGAUGAGCAAGAGGAUGAUAGUCUGGAAACUACAGGCAAGGAUGAGGAAGAUGUUUCCACUGGGAACAAAGGGGAACAGACCAAAAAUUCUGAGCUGCAUGAAGACAAUGUUACAGAGCAGACUCACCAUAUCAUCAUACCCAGCUAUGCAGCAUGGUUUGACUACAACAGUGUCCAUGCAAUUGAGCGCCGAGCUCUCCCAGAAUUCUUCAAUGGAAAAAAUAAAUCCAAGACCCCGGAGAUUUACCUUGCCUAUCGUAAUUUCAUGAUUGACACGUACCGUCUGAAUCCACAGGAGUACCUCACGUCAACAGCAUGUCGUCGUAAUCUGGCAGGAGAUGUCUGUGCAAUAAUGAGGGUACAUGCUUUUCUUGAGCAAUGGGGACUUAUUAAUUACCAGGUGGAUGCAGAGAGUCGACCAACACCUAUGGGUCCACCCCCAACAUCGCAUUUCCACGUCCUGGCAGAUACACCUUCUGGACUGGUGCCUCUUCAGCCCAAAGCUCCACAGACAUCUGCAUCCCAGCAAAUGCUUAAUUUCCCGGAUAAGAACAAAGAGAAGGCUCCUGAUAUGCAGAACUUUGGACUACGUACAGAUAUGUAUGCAAAGAAAAAUAUACCGAAGAGUAAAGCAGCUGCUAGCGCUACCCGAGAGUGGACUGAGCAGGAGACACUUUUACUACUUGAGGCACUAGAGAUGUACAAGGAUGACUGGAACAAAGUCUCAGAACAUGUAGGCAGUCGCACACAGGAUGAAUGCAUCUUGCAUUUUUUGCGUUUACCCAUAGAAGAUCCCUACCUUGAAGACUCAGAGGCUUCACUAGGCCCAUUGGCUUUUCAGCCAAUUCCAUUCAGCCAGUCUGGUAAUCCUGUCAUGAGCACUGUGGCAUUCCUGGCCUCGGUUGUUGAUCCUCGUGUAGCAUCAGCAGCUGCAAAAUCUGCAUUAGAGGAGUUCUCAAAGAUGAAGGAGGAAGUCCCUUCUGCUCUGGUGGAAGCUCAUGUAAAGAAAGUAGAAGAUGCUGCUAAAGUUACUGGGAAGGCAGAUCCAACAUUUGGUCUGGAGAGCAGCGGAAUUGCAGGAACUACCCAAGAUGAACCAGAGAAGUCGGAGGAAGGCAGUGAUGAAAUGAAGUCAGAUGCCCAAUCAGCAGACGAUAAAAAAGAAUCAAAGCUGGUUUGUUCCAAGGACAAGGAGAUAGCAGGAGAAGAUGAAAAUAAAGAGAAACAACCUGACACUUCCAAAAAGGAGGAAGACAAAGGAAAAGAAUGUGAACCAGACAAAGAAAAUGAAAAGGCUGAGGUAGAAGUAGCAGACACGGAGAGAGAGAAAGAAAAUAAAGAAUUCCAGGAUGAAGGAGCAAAGAAGGACGGAGAAUCAGAAGCAGAUAAGAAAACUAAAUUGGAACGGGAUGUUGGUGAAGGGAACUUGUCAACAGCAGCAGCAGCGGCACUGGCUGCAGCUGCAGUCAAAGCAAAGCACCUUGCUGCAGUAGAGGAGCGGAAAAUCAAAUCGCUGGUUGCCCUGCUUGUUGAAACACAGAUGAAGAAACUUGAAAUCAAGCUCCGCCAUUUUGAAGAACUUGAGACCAUAAUGGACAGGGAAAGAGAGGCUCUGGAGUACCAGAGACAACAGCUUCUCUCAGACAGACAGGCCUUCCACAUGGAGCAGCUGAAGUAUGCUGAGAUGAGGGCUCGGCAGCAGCACUUUCAACAAAUGCAUCAACAGCAGCAACAACAACAUCAACUCCCAUCGGGGCCUCAGGCCAGCCAGCAGCCUGCUGUCAUUCCUGCAUCUGUGCAACCCGUGCCACCUGCUGCAAUUCAGCAGGGAACUCUGAGCCAAGCUUCAGGAGAUUCCAUAGCACAGUCCAUUCCACAGCCACAGCAAACACCACCAACGCAGCCGCCACCACCGCAGCAGCAGCAGCAGCAGCAGCAACAGCAGCAACAGCAGCAGCAGCAGCAGCAGCAGCAGCAGCAGCAGGCUCAACCUCCGGUUCUUCCCCACAGUCAGCCUCCAUUUCCAGGUCAACAAACUCCGAACCAACUGAUGCCCAGUAACAUGCCUGUUGGCAUGCCUACGAACAUGUCUGGUAAUAUGGCUGCUGGUAUACCUUGUGUGGUACCAGCCAAUGUUGCAUGUAGCAUGGGUAGUGCCAUCACAGAAAACAUCCCAGUUAAUCUUCCUACUUGCAUGCCAAACCCAGUGCAUGAUAAUAUGUCCAGUAGCAUGUCUGCGGUUGUUCCUGACAACAUUGGUACAGGGUUGCCAGGAAACGUGCCUGUAGAUCUGCCUGAUUCUUUACAUCCUAACAUACCAGGAAACAUCAACACAGGCUCCAUGUCUCUUACAUCCACACCAGGGUCGGCAGCAGCUCAAAGCCCUGCUAUUGUAGCUGCCACAAGCCCACUGGCAGAGCAAGGAGCUUCAAUGCAGACAGAGGUGAUGACUACCCCAGCAGCACCAGUCCCUCCGUCACAGUGAUGUGAAACAUUUGAGCAGGACAAAGCAUUCAAGUGUGAGGAGCAGUUUGAGUGGCUGUGCUGCGAUAUUCUCUUUCUCAAGUUUAAUUUGGUUACAAAUAGCAAUUCUGAUCAUUAACGGAGGUGAUUCUGAUGUCAGUAUUGUUAGAGGUAAUGUGUGCACAGAGUGUGACCAUAUUACAUAGACCAAUUGUAUAAUCUACUAGAUUGUUGAUGAUACUGUCACUUUGAACAGCAUCUGACAACUUUUGAGAGUCACUCGUUUUUAUUGCAAAUAUACCAAACUGUCAUCAGAAGAUUUGGGUGAGCAUGCCCAUAUUCCUUGUUCAAUGAAUAGUUGACUGUUGCUAUUUACUUUGUUUUGUCGUUUGUGAAAUAUCUUUUUGUGCCAAUUUGGGGGGGAAUUUCACGUUGAGAAUAUAAUAGCCAGCUGUGGAAUAUUUUUAUUUAGUUCUUGCUUUACAAUCAGCAGCUUGCUUCUUAGGUAUUUCUGUCCAUGGCCCUUAUUCAUUUACUAAGUGUGCUAAUAUAGACAGGCUGGGCUAAGCCACGUUGGAAGCCUGUUUUGUCCAUAUGAACGUCAAGGCUUUGUCUUUCGUUUUGAUUCAAAAUCGCACAGCAAGUUUUGAAAUCAUUGUGGUAGAGUGUGAGUUGAAGGAUGGGUUUUAGGCUUUAAGCAUCUCAUUCCAGUCCUGUUUCCAUGCCUUGUGACUUAAGAAGGAUAAUUUAGCUUCUUUUGAUAUUAAAUGACUGAAUGUAUCAGUGUUUUUGUUUUUGAUAACAAUUAUUUCAGUAGUAAAGAAUUCUAGAUUGUUACAUGUGCCAUUAGGAUCCUCUGGCAGACAGCAGCAUUGCUUCACACUAAUGCCUCAUCAUUUUCUUCCUCAUAAUGAUAAAUAGAACCCGGACUUUGAAACGUAAUUGUCUGGAGAACACCCAUGAAAAUCUUCCGAGGCCCUUACCUUGUCACUACUCUGUCAUCGAGUGCCCUAAACACCAGCCGGAGCUCAGAUCAAGGCAAAUCAUUACCUCUCUUUCGGGUUAUUGAGCAUUUUCUACUUUAGCAGCUUCACGAAAGCUGCGUGGAGCGGCAAAGGAUGCAAGCAGCCUCCUGAUGUUGCAGCGUUUGUUUUGUGUCUUGAGUAAAGGUUGGGAUUGGUUGUUCAAUUCUGGUUAAGUUAGUGUUGGUAAACGUGAACGAACCUGCCGCUUCCACAUUAAGAACGAGCCCAAUUCCGCUCAUUACGGGAUCUUGUGGGCUUUCUAUUGCAGGUAUUGCAAUUGUUGAGGAGAGGGGUUACUGAGUCGGUCAUCGUUCGAAUCCUGCUUUUGUAUUGCGAGCAGCAUUUAACAAUUUAAGCUAAUCCUUUAAGGAGUAGCAUAAAGCAAUAUCCCAUUAGUACUUGGGUCUCACUUGUACUAAUAUUUUCUCAAAAUGCAGUUACGUGACUCUGUCUUACACUCCACCGCCACUGCUCAUUAUAUGAUUAGUGCUCCAAGAUUCCUUGUCAUUUUGUGUGGAAUGUUUUUUGACAAAAAAAAACUUGAAUAUGGUUUUCUUUCAGUUUUGUUUUUGAAACAAUAUUUGACGUCAUGCUGGACUUGUUUUGUAUGCUCCUCUGACAUGACAGUUAAUGGUUUAAACCCGUACAGAUACAUCCAAUAACUUUCCCCCUUUAUAAAUAUGCAAGCACAUGUACUCACACAAAGGCGUACAAAAAUGCACAUGGUGGCACACACAGACUCACUUGCGGCAAACACACAAAGGGCAAACGCAAGGAUGCACAUGCAUGCAUGCACACAGACAGACAAAUGCAAUUUAAAAAGUAUAUAUUUUUAUAGGUUAGAACAUUCUGUAAGUGCAGCUUUCCAUUUUUAUUUGUUUUCUGGAAUAGGUAGUUCUUUGCUUGUAAAAAUGUAAUAAUUCCCCUGUUGGAUGCAGUUACUGAAGCAUUUCAUCAGUCCUUUGAGAUGUUAUUGGCAUUGUUAUGGUAGAACUGCUAGCAUUGCAGUGAAUGCACAAGAACAAGAUCGGCUUGGCACACCUUGGCCAAUUGUCACUCAAUUGCUGAAUGUUCUCCUUGUACAAGAGAAGGAUGACCUGCAAGGUGAGCUGCGUGCCACACUGUGAAAAGGAGUAAAUAUCUUAUAAUAGAUUUCAACCCCUUCCAGCACUGGUUUUACAUUGGAUAUCUUUUCAUUGCUCUACUGGAUAGUAGUCACAGUGAUACUAACAGUCAUUUCCAGUCUGGUGCCAGAAAUUCGAUAAAUGAAAGCCCUCAACCGCCAUGUGCUUAUGGUCUGUUUGUAAUUCUAAAG